CGAGCUCAGAGCGGCAUAUUUUUUUUUUAUAUUCCUUUUAUUAUUUCGUUCACUUUGACUGGUAUUUCGCUCAACCAAAUUUUUAACACUAAUUACAUCAGUAAUCGUAAAAAUUGCAACAAACAAAACGACGACGGGAUUUUCGUAUUAAUUACCGUCCGCUCUUUCGCCCGGCGGUUUCAUGUCGAGUUUGAUCGGCUGCGGACAUUAACGUCGCCUCCGCCGCUGUGAAAAGUCGAACGCACCCCAACAGUACUCGAAUCUGGGGAACAGGAACCACCGGACCACAGCGGCGGCAUUGAACAGGGGACACCACCGGAGAGGAGACAGGACUGAUCAUACAAAAACUAAUCCUUCGAGAGACUCCACUCAGGAUCUCCAGAAAUCAUGGAAAAGGGUGACAAGAAAAACAAUGACUGUUACUUUUAUUACUAUUCGACUUGUAUGAAGGGAGAUAAAUGCCCAUUUCGCCAUGAACCACAAGCGUUAGGAUGUGAAAUGGUAUGUAAUUUUUGGCAAAACGGAAAGUGUGAAAAUGAUCAUUGUACAUUACGACACAUGGAAUUAAAGAAAAAUCGGAAAGCAAUUCCGUGUUAUUGGGAAAAACAACCAACUGGAUGUCGUAAGCCAUAUUGUGCAUUUUUACAUACCAAAACCCGAGAUCCAUCUCAAGAUGCAGGGGCUAUUGCGAUUGCAGCUAACACCAUGGCUAUUGAAAAUAGUUUUCGCAUAAACCCAAUGGCUGGUGUUGCACUUACUGCUGGUCCUGAAGCUGCAUUGCGACAACGUUAUGACCAGCCAUUACGAAUGAAUUGACAACCAAUGAACGCAAGUACGGCAUCUACUGUUUAUGGCAGUUCUGUCGUCACACUGCCAUACGUAUUCAACAAUAAUCAAUCUACUGCUGCCAUGUUUCUUGAUCAUUGCAACUUCAAUGCGUUUAUGUAAAAUUCAAUAUUGGUAUUUAAAACGUUCUCAGUACUGAUAAUUAAAAAAAACCUCCCUUUUCCUAGACAUUUUCAUAAUCUUGGUUAGGUACAAGGCAGAAUUGUUUCACUCAACAAAUGCAAUAUUCAACAACUUAAAGCCGAAGCUUGUUUAUUUAUUUAUCUUUGUUUUUCUAUCUGAACAUUUUAUUAUUAUUUUAAACUAUUGUUAUUAUUUAUUUUAUUUUUAAGUAAUUUUUAAUGAACAUCAUGUUUUGUCUGCACUGUAGUUCAUAUAAAAAAUGUGUUGCAUAAUUCUACGUUUAUUCAGCUCAAUUUCUAUUAAUCUGGUUACAUUCUAAAUGCUUUGUGAAAAGUCAUGAACUAAUGCUUUUUUUUUUUUU